CCAAUAGAGGCUACCGCAAGCUUUAUGAACUCUAGUUUGGAAAGGGUAUCAUAUAAAGAGGCCACGAAGUUCGCAUCUUCUAGUUCCUACGUCUUCUCAAAAUCAUAUUCAACCACAACGAAUAAUCUUAACACAGAAAACACUUUAAAAAGAUCUCAAGUCCUAUCGCUACAAAUAUGCGUUUAAGCAUCUUAGUUUCGACGGCCUUCGUAGCCGCGCUCAACGCCUCUGCAAUCCCUAACAACAUCAGCUUCGCCUAUGAGAACCGUACUCUGGAAAAGACGGGUUCGCCGGAAUUCGAUUGCCGGGGAAGUAUAAUGUGCAGUACUGUAAAGGUACGAGACUGCGACGAAGGCGUCAAUUACAAAAUCAUCAGAAAUGACGAUCUCAACUAUGGAGCUGUUGGAAGCGGAAAACCACAUCUUGGAACUUGUCACGGCGUAGGUACCGAUUUCGGUUGCGCAAUCCUCAUCCAAGGACCCCCGAGUUGUGUGAGGUCUGGCAACGAUAUAUGGUGGGAUUACCAGGAUAUUCGGAAGCACGGCUGUCACCACUGCGGACACAAGCGCUGGGGUAAGGGAUGCUCGACGACGAUCGACUAUGAGCCCUCAUGUGAUAGGGUUCGUUAA